AUGCUGCUCUCGCACGACAUUCUCGACAUCUGCACGCACCCGGAGUACGUCGAACCGCUGCACGAGGAGGGGUGGAAGAAGACGGCGCUGUACAAGAUGAAGCUGAUGGACAGCUUCCUGAAGGAGUCGCAGCGCGUGAACCCCAUCACAGUCGCCUCCAUCGCCCGCAGAGUCAAAAAGCCAAUCCGCCUCUCCGACGGCACCCUCCUCCCUCGCGGCGCCGCCGUCUUCCCCUCCCCCGACGUCUUCGACGGCCGUCGCUUCUUCGCGCGGCGCCAGCUGCCCGGCCAGGAGAACGCGUGGCAGCUGGUGACGACGAGCGCCGACCACCUCGACUUCGGCCACGGCGCGCACGCCUGCCCUGGCCGCUUCUUCGCGGCUAAUGAGGCCAAGGUCGCGUUUGCGUUUUUGCUCAUCUGCUAUGAUUGGCGGUUUCCGGCCGGCGUGGGCGAGAGGCCGCGCAAUGUCGAGUUUGAUGAUCAGGUCGCCAUCAAUCCGCUCGCGAAGGUCGACUUUAGGAGGACGGGGGAGACGCUGCUGGUGGAGUGA